AUGCGCAGAUCAGGGCUGCUUGCCGCCUUCAUUCCACGAGCAUCUUCACGUCGCAUUGCUCAGUCGGGAUCGCGAUCGCUUCCUUUAUUUAAUGAUACCUCCUUCCAUGCCCAGAGACCAUCGCUUGAUGCAAACGGUGGCUUACGACGUCACCAGUCGAUCACCCCCAUCGUAUCUCAACGACCAGACAUCCUACGGCAGGCAGACAUCCGAAAGUCAUCUGCAACAAAAUUUCAUGUCACUGUUUCAUCUAUCGUGGGACCUGGUUGUCUUCAGCAGGUCCGAUUCCUCUCCUCUACGACAGCACGGCAAAAAGUAGCCAAACCGGAGCCCCCGACGAAGCCGCAGACAGAGCUGGAGAAGAAACAAGAAGCCGCUCUAGAAGAGAUACAUAGAGGAUUUGAGCGUACGGAGAAGGCAUCACAAGCAGCGAAAAUAAACCUUAGCGCAAGAUUAUCAAAGGAUGCGGGCGGGAAGAGGCUCGGCUUUGGCGAGAUAUGGCGGUUGUUGAAAAUUGCCCGUCCAGAGGCCAAAAUCCUGUCCAUAGCGCUACUCUGCUUGCUCAUCUCGUCAUCUAUCACCAUGUCAAUUCCGUUUUCCAUCGGCAAGAUUCUCGAUAUCGCAACGCAUAGCAGCCCUGAAGGUGGCAAUGAAUUGUUCGGCCUCACGCUCCCCGUCUUCUACAGUGUCCUGGCCGGUGUUCUUUUGCUGGGUGCUGCUGCAAACUGUGGUCGUAUUAUAAUUCUACGGAUUGUGGGGGAACGUAUUGUUGCGCGACUAAGAUCUAAGCUCUUCAGACGUACUUUUAUGCAGGAUGCCGAGUUUUUCGAUGCCAACAGAGUCGGUGACUUGAUUUCCCGGCUAAGCUCGGAUACCAUAAUCGUCGGCAAAAGUAUCACGCAGAAUCUUUCAGAUGGACUUAGGGCUGCUGUCAGUGGCGUUGCUGGGUUUGGUCUGAUGGCCUUUGUCAGUCUUAAGCUGUCAAGCGUUCUCCUUUUGCUGCUACCCCCAGUGGCCCUUGGAGCGUUCCUUUACGGCAGAGCAAUCAGAAAUAUUAGUCGCAAGAUUCAGAAGAACCUGGGUAGCCUGACCAAAAUCGCGGAGGAGCGUCUGGGAAAUGUGAAGACAAGUCAGUCUUUUGCAGGAGAGAUUUUGGAGGUCCAUCGAUAUAAUAGGCAAACCAGGAGGAUUUUUGAGCUGGGAAAGAGAGAGUCUUUAGUUAGCGCAGCGUUCUUUAGCAUCACCGGUUUGAUGGGAAAUAUGAUGAUUUUGAGUUUGCUCUAUGUUGGUGGUGGAAUGGUUCAGUCCGGGGCCAUUUCCAUUGGAGACUUAACUUCAUUCCUCAUGUAUGCAGCAUACGCUGGAUCAAGCAUGUUUGGCUUGUCCAGCUUCUAUUCGGAACUGAUGAAGGGCGUUGGUGCUGCCAGUCGACUAUUCGAGCUCCAAGACCGCCAUCCCACUAUUCCCCCUACCGUAGGAGAUAAAGUGGUUUCUGCAAGGGGAGCGAUCCGGUUCAAGAAUUUGGAUUUCAGUUAUCCCACCAGACCCGCAGUGACUGUAUUUAAAGACCUCGACUUUGAGAUUCCGCAAGGAAGCAACGUUGCAAUCGUCGGCCCCUCGGGAGGCGGUAAAUCCACGAUUGCCUCCUUGUUACUGCGCUUCUACAACCCUACCAGAGGCCAGAUUAUGAUAGAUGGGAAGGACAUCUCCUCAAUGAAUGCGAAAUCUCUACGAAGGAAAAUCGGCGUCGUGGCGCAGGAGCCCGUACUCUUCUCUGGAACUAUCGCUGAGAACAUAUCCUACGGCAAGCCCCAUGCGACAAGGACGGAAAUAAUCGCAGCGGCGCGCAAGGCCAACUGUCAAUUCAUCAGUGACUUCCCCGAUGGCCUCGACACACACGUAGGCGCCCGCGGCGCUCAACUCUCCGGCGGCCAAAAGCAGCGAAUCGCCAUCGCCCGUGCCCUGAUCAAAAACCCAGACAUCCUCAUCCUCGACGAAGCCACGUCCGCCCUCGAUGCCGAAUCCGAGACGCUGGUCAACAGCGCUCUUGCCGCAUUACUCCGCGGCAAUAAUACGACAAUCAGCAUCGCCCACCGUCUCUCCACCAUCAAGCGCUCCGACACCAUCAUCGUCCUCAGCGGUGACGGCCACGUUGCGGAGCAAGGUUCAUAUCUGGAACUGAGCGCGCGACCGGACGGUGCGUUUACGAAGCUUAUGGAGUGGCAGAUGAGCUCUGAGGGGGGGGCUGUGCAGUCGGUGGUUAGGGGACCGCCGUCUGAGAAGGAGGAGUUGCAGCAAAUGCUGCAGGAAGGGGAGGAAGAUUAUGGAGAGUAUGAUGAUGAUGGUGAUGUGGAGUUGGAGAAGGUUGCUGAGAGGAAUGGUGUUGCGGAGGGACCUUCGAAGGAGAAAUAUGCGGUGGCUGUUGGCAUAGAGGCCAGUAUUGCUACUUCUAAGCAGCAGCCGUCCCAAGAAAAAUAG